ACAAUUGAGAAGUUACCCGACAAAGUACUGCAAGAAAUCUUUUCCUAUCUAUCGCCAUAUCAGGUCCUCAUCGUUGGCCAAGUCUGCAAACGUUGGAAGGAUAUAGCUCAAAGUCCAUCACUAUGGCAGCUUGUCUCGUUUCGACCAUCCUAUGGCGGUUUACAGGUGACCAAUCAGGAUUAUCUGCUUCACCUAAUUGGCUUGCGUUUUACGGAUCUGCGAGUGGUAGAGCUGGCCACUGACCUAAUAACGCCGAAUGUGCUCCACGAAUUAGCUGCCAGGUGUCCUCAUCUCUGGUCGAUGACUCUAGGUAAGUGA